CAGAGUAUUCUCACAGCAUCUUUUCGUUUAAGAAAAAAGAGAACAUCUACUCAUUUCUGCUCAUCUACUCAUUACUCAUUUCUCAUUACUCAUUACCCAAUUAAUUAAAUACACCAAUUGAAGAUGUUGGCUAUUGGAGAUUCUAUAUUACGUUUUAUUAACUUUUUCUUUUUGGUUAUUGCUUUAGGGUUGACUGGUUCAUUGGCCGCAACCACUUCUAAACAUUCCAAUCCUCAAGUUAAUUUUGGGGUUUUCGCUGCUGCUUUUGCCUUGUUAACUAGUUCAAUCUAUGGGGUUUUCGCUUACUUGUUUGCUGCUUUUGCCUGGCCAUUUAUUUUGGCGGUUUUUGAAUUCUUGAAUAUGGUUUUCACUUUUGCUGCUGCCACUGCCAUUGCGGCUGCCAUUAGAGUCCAUUCUUGUUCCAAUGAAGAUUACGUUAAAGAUAAUACCGUUACCCAAGGUUCUUCUGGCCGUUGUAGAAAAGCUCAAGGGUCGGUUGCUUUUCUUUACUUUUCCUUUUUCAUCUUUUUGGCUUCCUUUAUCUUUUCCACCCUUACAGUUUUGAAAGGGGGUUUAUUCGGAAGUUCCUCCAAAUCUGCUCCAAGAGUUGGUGUUCCUUCAGUUUCUCAAGUUUAAAGCUUGUAAUUUUACUUCAUUUCUACUGUAUACCUUUUACUUCUAAUGUAUACCUCUGAUUUUUGUUUUAGUCUUUAGUUUUUUUUUUUCUCUAAUAUAAAUUUU